UUAGGAAAAUAUGAGGAAGCCAUUGAAUAUUGUAUAAAAGGUUUAGAAAUGAGUACUGCUAUAGGCGACAAGUCGGGAAUAGCGACUAACAAUGGGAAUUUGGGCAGUGCCUACCGUAAUUUAGGCGAGUAUGAGAAGUCCAUUGACUAUAUCAAAACAGGUUUGGAAAUGAGUACAGCUAUUGGUUAUAAAUCAGGAAUAGCAACUAACAAUACCUAUUUAGGCAUGACCUACCAUAGUUUAGGAGAAUAUGAAAAAGCCAUUGACUAUUUCAAAAAAGGUUUAGAAAUAAGUACUGUUAUUGGCGAUAAGUCAGUAGCAGCAAAUAACAAUGCCAAUUUAGGCAUAACCUACCAUAGUUUGGGAGAAUAUGCCAAGGCUAUUGACUAUGGCAAAAAAGGUUUAGAAACGAGUACUGCUAUUGGUGAUAAUUUAGAAAUAGCAAGAAACAGUGGAGUGUUAGGUAAAGCCUAUCUCAAUUUAGGAGAGUAUGAGAAAGCUAUUGACUAUUGCAAAAAGGGUUUAGAAAUGAGUACUGCUGUUGAUAAUAAGUCAGGAAUAGCAAAUAACAAUGAAAAUUUGGGUGAUGCCUACCUUAUAUUAGGAGAAUACGAGAAAGCUAUUGACUAUUUCAAAAAAAGUGUAGAGAUGAGUGCUGAUAUUGGCCAGACGUCUGCAGUUGCCUCUAACAAUAGCAAUUUAGGCAUUGCCUACCUAAAAAUUGGAGAUUUUGAAAAAGCCAUCGACUCUUUGAAAACUAGUUUAGAAAUGAGAACUGUUAUUGGUGAUAAGCUAGGAAUAGCAAAACUUGUAAAGACUUGGCAAAUGCCUACCUUGGAUUACGAGACGAUGUGA